UUUCUAAAUACUUCUGGGUGUUAUCUAAGUAUUAUAAGAAUAUAAGUAAGAAUGUAAGUCAGGAAUCAGUUUCACACGAACAUUUGGAAAAGUGACUUUUAUACUGUAAAAACACAGCUGUUUUGACUGUUUAGAGACUACAACAACCAUGUUAUUGGCAGAAGCUGCGUGUUUGUUUACGGGUGUCAUCCUGUACAUAUCAGGUGUUCAGGGUCGAGUACACCGCAUCUGUGCCUUAAAUGGUUCAUCAGUGGAUCUGCCCUGCUCAACUGAACAUCCCAGUGCAAGCAUAAACUUGUACACCGUACACUGGGAUGGCUCCACGUUUGUUGUGACUGACUUGUCUGGAGAUGGAAAUUCUGCAACUUACAUUGCUGGAAAGCGUAAAGCCACUGUAACGAUGAAUGAUCUAAGAGAGAGUGAUUCAAAUUUUUACUGCUGCGGAAAUAUAACUGACAAAGCAGCACACUGCUGGAGCCAUAGAGUAGAGCUUAACGUUACAGACCUGCAGGUAAAGGUGAUUCCUGCCACAGAGGGACAGACAGUAACACUGAUGUGUAGCACCAGCUGUCCUCUGACUGAAACCCCUGCAGCCUACAUCUGGUACAAGAACGGAGAGUUUCUCUAUGAGGACUGGUCUCCCUGGUACCAACAGCUGGUCAGCAGUGAGGAAGCAGUCAGAUACUCCUGUGCUAUCAAAGGCUACGAGGAUCUCAGAGCCCCUGAAGUCUCAGUGGAUUCUGUCACAUCAACCUGCUUUACUGUGACCUAUGCUAAAGGGAGAAUGUGUUCUUAUAAGCAGACAUCAGAGGAUGGAUCCUGCUCCAUCACAUAUCCAACAGAGGUAUAUGUUCAAAAGACUCCCGCAGAGAGCCCUGUCACACUGACCUGUCGCACCAGCUGUCCUCUGACUGACUCCCAAGCUGCCGAUCGGUGGUACCGGACUCAACAGUUUCCUGUUUCCAGCUCCUUUGUCGAAAGCUUCUCCUGUGCUGUAAAAGACCACGACGGUCUGCUCUCUGCUGAAGUCUGUGUUCAGGGACAAACAAACAUCAUCUGUGCCUUAAAAGGUUCAUCAGUGGAUCUGCCCUGCUCAGCUGAACAUCCCACUUCAAUGGUAAAAUGGUACACUGUACACCAGAACGACUCCAGUCAUGAGCUGUCUCCAAAAGGAAAUCGUGUAACAUACAACAUGAUUGAGGGUAGUAACUACACUCUAACAAUCAAUGAUCUGAGAGAGAGUGAUGCAAACUUUUACUGCUGCAGAGAGAAUACUGACCAACCACAACUCUGGCGCAAUGGAACAAAGCUCCAUGUUGCAGACCUGCAGGUAAAGGUGAUUCCUGCCACAGAGGGACAGACAGUAACACUGAUGUGUAGCACCAGCUGUCCUCUGACUGAAACCCCUGCAGCCUACAUCUGGUACAAGAACGGAGAGUUCCUCUAUCAGGACUGGUCUCCCUGGUACCAACAGCUGGUCAGCAGUGAGGAAGCAGUCAGAUACUCCUGUGCUAUCAAAGGCUACGAGGAUCUCAGAGCCCCUGAAGUCUCAGUGGAUUCUGUCACAUCAACCUGCUUUACUGUGACCUAUGCUAAAGGGAAAAUGUGUUCUUAUAAGCAGACAUCAGAGGAUGAGCCCUGCUCCAUCACAUAUCCAACAGAAGUACAUGUUCAAAAGACCAAGUUGAAGAGCCAUACUAUACUGACUUGUAACACCAGCUGUCCUAUGGCUGACCCUCAUACUGCCUAUAGGUGGUACUGGAACAGAGUGUUAAACAGUCACUGUGAGAAUCAAGAUAUUACACUUUUCCGGUCUAAUUCUGAGAUCUACUCCUGUGCAGUAAAAGGCCAUGAAGAUCUGCACUCUGGUGAAGAUUGUGUUGAUGAUGAGAACUGCUGGAGUGUGAAUUAUGUCAACAGGAGAAUCUGUGCUCUACAAGGCUCUUCAGUGGACAUUACAAGUGAAUAUUCUUAUCCCAAAAACCAGCUGCCACAGUCUACAUCUUGGUAUAUUAAAAAAAGAAGUAAUGAGGAUGCUGAUGAGCUGAUUGAUGUGAAGUAUUAUGAUAACUUGAAGAUUCCUCACAUCCUGAGUAUCAAUAACCUGAAGAAGAAUGACUCAGCAGAAUACACAUUCAGACUCCAGCAAAUUAACCAACAAUUGGAACAGUCUGAGUUGGCUGGAGUGACUUUAGUUGUCACAGGUCUGGAAGUGAUGUUUACUCCUGCUGCAGUGAUGACAGAGUUUCAGAGAGUCACACUGACCUGCAGUACCAGCUGUCCUCUGACUGACGACAUAAAAUUCAUCUGGUACCUGAAUGGUCGACCUCUGACCCUGCCAGAGAACCAGAACAAACACCUGGUUCUAGACCCAGUCAGGUGUCACCAUGCAGGAAACUACUCCUGUGCUGUAGAAACCCACAACAACAUCAGCUCCCCCAUAGAAACUCUCACUGUCAAUGUUGUAAAGGAAAUAGGAAAACUGAAUGCAGUAAAAUUGGUUCUUUUGUCAGUGACCCCACUUGCUGUAUUUCUCCUCUACCUGAUCAUGAGACGAAUAAAGUCCAGUAAGAAGAAAACUCUGACCUCCGCUGCUGAGCCAAGUGACAAAACGUCAACUGGCCAGAUGGACCCCCUGUAUGACAGCCUCGCACUUGUGGACAUGAAUCCUGCAGCACAGACAGAAGCAGCAGCAGCGCAGCAAGAAGACACUGUGUGAAUACCAGCUUAGAUAUAUGUGAUAAAAUGUCUGUCUUGAUCAUUUAUAUUCAAGUUGGCAAGACAAGAUUUGAGCACUGCAAAGGCACCUCUAACAUCAGAGUGCGUGAUUCAGCCAAUCCUGAUAACACAAAAAGAUAUGAACAUUUAUCCGUAUAUCUGCUUCUCGCCUUAGCAAUCACUGUGGGUUGGCUCUUGUCUAAGUCACACAUCCGUUGUUGAAGGCCUAAUGCGUGUUAAUAAUGCUGAUGUUGGUCAGAUGCUCUAGUUAAUUUCCUGGGAAACAAAUUGUUGCAUUGUGCUGCUGGAAUUAAAAAAACAAAUCAGCUUUGCUUUAUAACAGUGUUCAUGAAAAGAUUACAUUUUUUAUAUGUUUUACUAGCAUACUUUUCUUGUUAUUGCUUAUUAGUAGUAUUUUUUUCUUGUUUGUCGAAUAAUAAUGUUAUGUUAUAUAUAUGUAAUAUAUUUACAGUUUGAAUUUCAUAUUAUUCUAUGUACUGGGGAUAACUUUGAACAAGCCUCUUUGCUUCCUUCCUCCCCUACACAACAUAUCCAUUUACUUGUAUUACAGUCUUGUACCAUGACAUUUUAAUUGUAAUAUCUACAUUAAAACUAAAUUACAACAAA